GCCAACUUCAGUGCGUGUCUUAAGAAAAUAAUUUCAAGUAAUAUAAUUCCACAUGCGUCACCUUAUAUAUGGCGGUGUAUAAUGUAGAUUAUCACGUUCUAAACUCAGUGUGUGUGUUGUGUGUAAACGAAGGAUAAUACAUACUGACAUAAUAUAUAAAUAUUUGUAUUUUUAAUGAGUAAUUUAUUUUUAUAGUUUUUAUCUGUUUACAUAAAAAAUUUCAAUUUUUUAAAACAUUUACAUGUAACAAAAUAACUACAUCAAAAUAUAUGAUUCUAAAGGUUAUGUUUACAUUUACCUGACGUCAACACCGUAUGUUAAACGAAACUGAAAGGAGAAAGUUGAUAAUAAGUGAAAAAAAUGUGGAUUUAAUAAAUAAAAAACAAAUAAUACUAACGAAGGAUCUGAUGUUUAUCUUGUGAUUUUCAAUAUAAAUUAAUGAUUAAUAAUUAUCAAUAAUACUCAUAAAUAAAUUUAAUAUGCCAAUUUCGGAUGUCAAAUAUGAAGCAGCUCGAGAUGAACCGGAACCGCUGGAUUGUUAUUUACAACACGCACAGGAAUAUCAAACGACGUCUAAAGCUCCGAAAAGUUUUUGGAAUAUAUUUGGACGAUCUUUAGUUUUAGUCGGUUCAUAUUUUAUAUUAUCUGUAGGAUUAACAUAUUUUCAACAAUGGUUUCUUAAAGACCAUAAUUUCCAUUAUCCAUUAAGUGUUGUAAUGUGUCAUUUACUAGUCAAAUUAUUUUUAUCAGCGUUUAUAAGAAACGUCAAAUCAUACAAACGAGGACAGCAGCAAGUGCGUUUAUCAUGGCAAAGUAUCUUAUCAGCUUUAGCGCCACCGGGAAUAGCCAGUGGACUUGAUGUCGGUUUUUCAAACUGGGCACUUUCAACUAUUUCCUUAUCAUUAUACACAAUGACCAAAUCGACGAGUAUUAUAUUUAUUCUUGGAUUUUCGUUGGUUUUUAAUCUAGAAAAAAAGUCAUGGUCAUUAAUGGGAGUUGUUAUUAUGAUAUCAGGUGGAUUAAUAAUGUUUACAUACAAGUCAACGCAGUUUGUUGUUGCUGGUUUUAUUUUAUGUUUAUUGGCAUCUUUUGCCAGUGGUCUACGAUGGACAAUGGCUCAAUUAAUAAUGCAAAAAUCUAAAUUGGGUAUCAAAAGUCCUAUUGAUAUGAUGUAUUAUAUGCAGUCGUGGAUGUUGUUAGCUAUUUUUCCUAUGGCUUUGUGGUUUGAAAGUGCAAAUAUGUUCUAUAAUAUUCAAAAAAUAGAUUGGAGUCAGCCACAUCAAGUUUUGUGGACGAUAACUGCUGUCUUUAUUGGUGCUAUACUAGCUUUUAAUAUGGAAAUAAUGGAAUUUAUGGUAGUUACGUAUACUUCUAGUCUUACUUUAUCCAUUUUGAGUAUUUUAAAGGAAAUUUGUAUAUUAGUACUAGCCUUUGCGUUUAAAGGCGACCAAAUAAGCCGUAUCAACUUCUUCGGAUUAUUGAUGUGCCUUGGUGGUAUCGUGUUACAUGUAAUGCAAAAAAUACUGACGAACAAAAAAGAGAUUCAAGAAAAUCUUGAAUUACAUUCCAAUUCAAUGACCACAGUCGGAUCUGUUGAAGAGGACAUGGAUACAAACAUGCCACUGUUGACCGAGAGAUCUACAUCUCUUACGAAUUUGUUGAACUCAAAUUUUAGUACAGACGAUGACGAUGAUAAAGAAAAAGAUGACAGCUCAGAAGUUCUUUUCAAUAUUUUACAACGACGUGAGCCGUAAAUUUUUAUCGCCAUUUUUUAAGGAUUUAUUUUAUUUAAACUCAUGCCAUCUUUAAAGUUUUAUUAU